CUACGUAUUACCGUGUUACUAUCAAUGAUGGGUUCGUCUAUUUUUCAUUUUUUAAUCUUGAUUCUAACGCUGCAAAAUACUGUUUCCGCUUUACAAAUCAGUUGGAAUAACUUCGAAAACGAUACUGAGAUACCAAGGAUCGUAAGUAGAGAAGAAUGGGGAGCCAGAGCACCGGCAUUUCGUGAAGAAAUGAAGGUGUCACCAACACCGUACGUGGUGAUCCAUCACGGGGGCAUCCCUUGUUACUGUCACACUCAGAACGAGUGCUCUGAGAUCGUGAGGUAUUAUCAAAAUCUUCAUAUGGAUGGUAGAGUUUGGUUCGACAUUGGUUACAGCUUCCUUAUCGGCGAAGAUGGGAAUGUUUACGAGGGUCGAGGCUGGAAUUCGUCUGGAGCCCAUGCACCUGGUUACAACAACCAGAGCAUUGGGAUAUGUAUAAUCGGUGAUUUUAGCGAUUCUCUGCCUAACGCAGCUGCUCUAAAAGCUCUGAAUGCUCUCAUCGAAUACGGAGUGACACUUGGUAAAAUAAAUGAAAAUUAUCAAGUCAUUGGACAUCGACAAGUAAGAAAUACCGAGUGCCCAGGAGAAGAAUUGUAUAAGUAUGUUCAGACACAUCCGCGAUGGACAUCGACGCCUAUACCGAGAUUUUCCUACCAGUCUCAGCCGAAUAUAAUAUCAAGAUCAGAAUGGGGUGCAAAACCACCGACGGGAAGAGUCGGCAAUCUUGGAAUCACACCAUCAUAUGUGAUCAUCCAUCAUUCAGCGACUGAUGGGUGCACGACUCAAGCGAUUUGCCAAUCCAGAGUACGAAGUUUCCAGAAUUAUCACAUGAACACCAACAAAUGGUCUGACAUCGGCUAUAACUUUGUGGUCGGAGAAGACGGAAACGUGUACGAAGGCAGAGGAUGGGGUAAAAUUGGUUCACAUGCUCCUAACUACAACUCGAAGAGCAUAGGAAUUUGCAUAAUCGGCAACUUUGUCAAUCGCAAUCCAAAUUCAGCAGCGAUCAAUGCGGUACAGAAUUUGAUAUCUUACGGUGUGUCCAUGGGAAAAAUAACGUCAACCUACACAUUACUUGGACAUCGUCAAACGAAACAAACCACCUGCCCAGGUGACAGCCUUUACAAUCUGAUCCAGACCUGGCCUCAUUGGUCUUCAAGCCCAUGAUUAUGUUAAUAAAACGUGAUAUUCUAUGUUAUGUGUUCAAUCAACGAUUUCUUGGUACUUCUGCAAAAUAAAGUUAUUCUAAUUCCUAUUGCAA